GGGAGGACAGCUGAAAAUGAGGAAGGAAAAGAGAAACAAAAGUAAAAAGAUGUACUGAGGGAGAGACAUGGAUAUACCGACAGUAUUGAGUGUUUUGGAGUGAAGGAUAAGAAGUGCACUCUGUCACCGCUGGUUACUGGGUGGAGUACUGUUAUUAACUCUUUUGAAGAGAGUAAGAGAGUGAAGGCAUGGUGAGAGAGAGGGAUAAAUAUAACACACAAACUACAGAGAGAGAGACAGAGAGAGAGAGAGAAAAGCGCCUCAGACAAAGAAAUAAAAAGGAGCCCUCGGUUGGUGGAAUAGCAAACUAGUUCAUGAAAGCAGAGAUGAACGAGGCAGCUCUUCUUCCAGUGGUCCAGGCAGGAGAUGGGAGGACGCUGUCCAGAGCAGAGUUCCUCUCAUUGAUAAACACCUACAACUGCUUCCUAAAGGACCAGAUUCAACUACAUCUCAGUUACUUUCAGGGUGAUGAUGGCGAAGUCGUUGUGGAGGGCUUCCUAAAUAUCUGCUGGGGAGUGAAAAGACCCAUCAGGCUGAAAAUACAGGAUGAGAAACAGAUGCUUCCCUUUGCUCCCCUCAUCUCAUCUGACCCAACGAGCCCAGUCAGCCCAAUCGGAAACAGGAGGGGCAUGUCACGAUGGGGGGAGUAUGUCGACCUUCACCAGAUAGAUGAGAUGGGUGAGACAGCACACCAAACUGUGGUCAACAAUCCUCUACCAGGGCCUUCUGUUUAUGAGACCACAACGCAUCGUCCUGUGAGGCAGAAGAGCUGCGAGCUGGAGGCAGAGUCCAGCCUGAUUCGCUGUAUGAGCGAUGCCUCACUGGUCAAGAGGAGAAGUCGUCGAGGCAAGUCAGCGGCGCAGAGAGAGAGAGAGAGACAGCACCGCUUUUCUAUAAACGGCCACUUCUAUAACUAUAAGACUUCCAUCUUCACUCCUUGCUUUGGUACAGCAACUAAGGUCCGCAUUACAAGUCAAAUGGCCACAAACCAAGUCAUUGAACAGCUACUGAACAAAUUCAAGAUAGAGAAUGACCCUCAGGAGUUUGCACUAUACUGUGUUCACCAGAGUGGUGAAAAGAGGAAGAUGAACAAUAGAGACCGGCCGCUUUGGGAGCGCAUCCUGCAGGGGCCCUCUGAUGACAUCAUGAAGAUCUUUUUGAUGGACAUGGAUGAAGAGGAAGUCAGCAACGAUGUGGCCCAGUAUCUAAACUUGGAGCUUCCCAUCCUGGAGCAGGUUAUACUAAAUCUGAGAGAAGAGGAGAACAGGGAGAUUCAAAUGGUUAUUAGCAAAUACCAUAAACAUCACAGACUCCUGUCCCGUAUGUUGAGCUGCAAGAUGUCACCUCACAUUGAGACCAGUGUCUGAUAAGAGGCAACACGUGGGGAAAACAAUGGACACAAUUAUGCGGCUAACUGGACUGCCAACAAACAAAGUGGAAUGUUGUCAUUUAAACCAUACCAAAAAUGGUGACAUAUAAAAUGAACGCUGCCACCUUGUGUCUCUAGUGGCAAAUAUUUGAUGGACCAGUGGUUCUUAACUGGACAAAUACAAUUCGACAUAAACGAAAUGCACAUAAACUAAUGUGCUACCUCGAUGCUAAUUUACAUUGAAAAUCCCUUGUACGGGCUAACGAUUAGCAUUAGCCACUUUGCAUGGCGAUUUUGAACACUUCCAAGUAUGGCGCAGCUGAUAUAAAAUAAACAUUCAUAUAGACAAACACAACACAAUAAAUAUGUUAUUUAAUGGAGGUGGAUAAUGAACAAACUUGGCUGGUCUUCCUCCAUAGCAGCAGGUUUCAAUUUCAAAUAGCGUUACAGUAGAGAUGUGCCGAGUGGGCACUGAUGGGUACUUGUCUCUGUUAACUCGUUCAUUUUCUCACCUCUGCUGCCGUUAGCUAUAUUACAGAACGUCAGGCAACGUGUCACAUGCGAGAGUACCCUAUUCACAUCAGUGAAUGACUCAUUAGAUCUCGAGUCAGUAAGAGGAAUAGAUUUUCCCAUCAUUACAGAGUGCUGUCGCCACCUAUUGGCGUAUUAAUAGACAACAUCCCUCUGCAUAAAAAAUAACCCCUUCAGAAUGAUUAUGCAAGUUUAUUUUUUGGGAGAAUCGCUGCGUUUGACAAACACCUUCUUCGUCAUGUUCUUAUUUGUUAUUAUACAUUCAUUCAUAUACUUUCAUUUUCAGUGCAAUAAGUUCAAUUUGGGAAUCAGUCUACUUCAAAAUUCUUUAUUGUGCUGUAUGGGAUUAAAGUCAAACCUGCAUCAGAGUUUACUGCAGCAAAUGAUGGAUUGCACAACAAGUUUGGGAUUGUUUCAAUAAUAUUUGUAUAUUUUCUUUUGCACUUACUCUAAAAUAAAAUCAA